CGACAUGCCUUACGUUGCUACUGUCAAGCCAUGCAGGUUUACAAAGGGAAAGGCUGGUCUCUUGCAGAAGACCACAUUAACUUCACCAUCGGUCGUCAGUCCUUUACGCUUCGUCAGCUGGACAAUGCUGUGUCUGCAUUCAGGCAUAUUUUGAUCAAUGACAGUAAACAACCUCCUGCUCAGCAAGGAGCUUUUUUAAGAGAAUAUCUUUAUGUCUAUAAGAAUGCAGCCCAGCUGUCACCUGAUGGUCCCUUACCACAGCUCCCUUUACCGUAUAUUAACAGCUCAGCAACUCGUGUUUUCUUUGGCCAUGAUCGACGACCAGCAGAAGGUUAGAAAAUUUUAAGUAAAUAGUUUCAAGUCCCU